AACAACCGAAGCAUAGCCGUGAAGUUUUGUUGAUGACAAGUGUAUAUUACGCUGAUGCAGACCACAUGAGAUUCAGUCGAUCACCUGUCCUGAAGGUGGCUAAAAUGGGAAACGCGAGCGCUAACAAUGAAGGACAUAAAAAAGGAAAGAAUAACAAAAUCGUUGAAGAACUGGAGAAGGUGAAGAAGAACACAUGUGGCUCGUGUGGUUUUGGUUUAUGGAUAGCCGUCGGGGUAGUUGUUAGCAUCACUGUCAUCGUGACGGGGAUUGGUGAAAUUGGAACGACUGUGUAUGCAGCCAAGUAUACAUUGCUGUACACUAGCGCCCUCACUGGACAACUGGUAGCAUACAUCGUCCUAGCGUUGUCUUCAGCCUUCGCUUUAUCCAUCGCCGUCUACGCACUGUUCGGUUUGUUCCAGAAGAAGAAGAGACCGCUGCACAUUGCCGGGUUGGUUCUCGUGACCAUAGCCGUGGUUCAAGCAGUAACAAGCGGACUCUCAGCCAACCUGACUUCUAAAGAGAAGGAGGCCCUCGCAAUGUCGCUGAACACGACCUUCCGACUGGCUGUACACAACGCUAAAGACUUGGAGUAUUGGGCCACGAUUAGCAGUGACCUGAAAUGCUGCGGCGUGUCCGGUCCAAGUGAUUACAGGACGACCAUCCCCUCAUCCUUUCCCCCGGACGUUCCCAUCUUCUGCUGCCCCAACUUCAACAUCAGUGAACCCGAAGUGGUCCAGAAAGCGGAGAGGGAGAUCUGUAAGACUCUUGGAUUGUACCACACAGUCGGAUGCGACGUCAAAGUCAGGAACUUCGCCGAAAUAUUAGCUGCUAUGAGCACGAUUGUUACAAUCGUCUUCGUCGUUCUCGAGGUUGUAUUGGCAUUACAUAUUUAUAUAACAUAUAAAGUAAGUGAAAAGAGAGAAAAGAAAAAGGAAGCGAAAAACACAACUGUUGAAGCUGGAACUUCAUGCACAAAAUAGAUGAAUAAACUAAAAAUACCUAUUUACAAAAAUAGGCAAUAUGAAUACAUUCCUAAUAAAAAUCAUGAUAUUAA